AUGGAGGAACUUUGUGUGCAGUUCAAGAUAAAGCAUGACAACUCUGUUACCUAUCGCCCUAAAAUGAAUGGGGAAGUAGAGGCAACAAACAAGAACAUCAAAAGGAUUAUUACGAAGGCUACAGAAACUUACCGGGAUUGGCAUGAGAAAUUACCUUUCGCUCUUUAUGGUUAUAGAACGACUGUGCGAACAUCGACAGGGGCAACGCCUUUCUCUCUGGUAUAUGGAACAGAGGCAGUCGUACCUAUUGAGGUUGAAAUUCCAUCACUUCGAGUCUUGAAGAAAGUAGAAUUGGAUGAAGCAGAAUGGAUUCAAUCUCGCCUCGAUCAACUGAAUCUUAUUGAAGAGAAAAGUUUGCAGGCUGCAAUUUUAGGAGUCAGGCAGUGGGGAUCUGGCACGGGUGCUGGCGAGAUGGAUUCUUUUAUUCAUGGUGUUGCUCGGGAGUCUCGGGGUUAUCUCAUUUGCUCUUACGUGUGGCAGCUACUGGUCUCCUCUGCUGGAAGGCAGUACAAAAUUGGGGUUUGGCUCUGA